AUGUCUCUCCCCUGGGUGAUAGUGGCAGAUCCUCUCGAGAGCCAGGACAUCCUUCUACGUCGCACAAAAGAGCUUGACAGAGCAAGGUUUAUCAUCGAAGUCACCGGCGACCUAUUGCCGGACUUUCAUGGGGGAUUGCCGUCCACAGAUCCUCGGUACAAGAGCAACAGGAGCAUGAUCAACCAGCUGAUGGCGCCGACGUUCAUAGACCAGAUCAGCGGCCCCAACGUCUACAGAUCUGUCAGCACACUCAUGGAACUAUGGCGCAUCAAAUGCACUCUUGCUGCGGGACACCCUUUUGAAGCGCAUCGAGACGUUCGCUACGCCGCGCUGGAUGGCAUGAUAGCCUCGUCAAGCAGUCUCCCAGAUGAACAAAGUAUCACAACACAGCAACUUGCAGCGAUACGCAACUACUCUCCUGACCUACCUCAAGAGACGAAUGCGCCGUUAGAGUUCCCGGCUCCGCGUAUACCCGAGAUCGCACAAGCUCUAAUGGUUCUUGCCGAUUUUCAGAUGUACUCACUGCUCUCCCCAGUCCCACGCUUGACCUCACGCGUCAUGCUCAAGUUUCCACAUUUCAGAAGAGCAGUGGCAGAGAAGGACAAGUACAUCAGGAGCGAGAUCGAUAAGGCAGUGCGCAAAAUCGACGAGGGCGACUGCGAACCCAAGGACGCAUUCCAUUCGGUCACCUUGCGGGAGCGAGAACUGGCCUCAAAGCAAGGCCGGCCGCCUGCAUAUCAUAAACGCGCCAUCUACGACGAGUUCUACGGCUUCAUCCAGGCUGGCCACGAGACCUCGGCCACCACGAUCAGCUGGGGGCUGAAGCACCUGGCCGACAACCAGGCCGCGCAAGACAGGCUCCGCAGGGACCUGCAGGAUGUCAUGCCGCAGGCAGUGCGAGAGAAGAGACAGCCUACCUUUGAGGAGAUUGCAAACGCCCGUAUCCCGUAUCUAGACGCAGUCGUGCACGAGGUCCUCCGUUUAGCCCACGUCAUCGACUUCCUGAUCCGCGAGGCCACGCAGGACACCGUCGUCAUGGGCCACCGCAUCCCGAAGGGCACAAACAUCUUCCUCCUCAGUGGUGGGCCGGGGUUCGUCGAGCCGCGGCUGCCCUUCGUCGACGACGCCGCGCGCAGCCCCGGGGCGCGGCGCGGGAGCGGGAAGCAGCUGGCGGGCGACUGGGACGACGACACCAUCCGGCAGUUCCGGCCCGAGCGGUGGAUCGCGACCGAACCCGGCGGCGGCACUGGGCAGGAGGAGGAGGAGGAGGUCCACGACCCCACGGCGGGCCCGCUACUGGCGUUCGGCAUGGGCCCGCGGGUGUGCUUCGGAAAAAGGCUGGCGCUGGCGACGCUGCGCACGACGUUUGCCCUGGCGGUCUGGAACUUCCGCCUGCUCGAGUGUCCGCCGGAGUUGAGCAGCUACCGGGGCGUGCAGAGAUCUACACCUCUCUACCGUGCCGGAAGCCAGUAUCGAUCUUCGAAGAGUAAGGAUCGGGUCCACAUGUCGUCACCCCAGUCUCCAGAAUCAGCAGCGGCGGGAGCAUCGGGAGCGUCGGCGGCCGCAGCCCCUGCCCCUGCUUCUGCUCCUGCUGCCCCGCAGGACCAUGGUGAGGCAAUAGAACCUGCCGCUCCUGGAACCCUCGACGAGGAGGACUUCACGCCAUCAGACUUUGAUGUCAACUCGGUCACGGACUCGACGUCUGUCACCUCGAGCCUUUACCACUUCGCCUACGAAACCGGACGGAGGUACCAUCAGUACAAAGAUGCGAGAUAUCCCAUCCCCAAUGACGACACGGAGCAGGCGCGGGAGGAUAUGAAGCAUGUGAUGAUGAAGGAACUGACAAAUGGCAAACUCUACUUUGCUCCCAUCGGAAAGACCCCGAAGAAGAUCAUCGAUCUCGGCACUGGAACCGGCAUAUGGGCUAUCGAGAUGGCGGACGAAUUUCCCGGCGCGGAGGUCGUGGGCAUCGACCAGACCCCCAUCCAGCCGGACUGGGUGCCCCCGAACCUGCGCUUCCUUGUUGAUAACAUCGAGGACGAGUGGCUCUGCGGCUCGGACUACGACCUCGUCCAUCUCCGGCAGAUCUUCCCGGUCCUCAAGAACCCGGACAAGGUCCUGCGGAACGCCUACGAGAACCUCAAGCCCGGCGGCUGGAUCGAGAUCCAGGAGCUGGGCGGCCACGCCCUCUGCGACGACGGCUCGGCGCCCGAGGACUACCAGGUCGAGAAGUUCAUGGACAUGUGCACCGAGGCGCUCGCUAAGUUCGGCGCUGACUUCCGCCUCGGCAACAAGCUGCAGGAGCCGCUCGAGCGGGCGGGCUUCACCAACAUCACCUGUAGGAAGUUGAAGGUGCCCAUCGGACCCUGGGCUAAGGACAAGCGGCUUCGUCUUAUUGGCAUGUACUAUCGGCUUGUCAUGAAGGAUUUCUUGGGCGCCAUGGCGGCUCGUCCUUUCCAGGCCCUCGGCCUCACUCAAGCCGAGAUUGAGGUAUUCUUGUGGAUGGGAAGUGUGGCCUGCAAACGCCACAUAUUUAACACUUCAGUCCUGCAAACUCCUCAACAAGUCCGAGUUCACUCGACCACCCCCGAGCAACAGCCCGACAUCCUGCGCGCCGACGAUCCACCGGGCGCCGAACUCGUUGAUGACCUGCGCCAGGAUGUCCGGGCGGUGGUACAAGCCGGCGAUGCCCAUCAGCUUCCCGUGCUUCCUGGCCGCGGCGCCGACCUUCGCCAGGGCGCCGAUGAACUUGGGGUGGUCCCAGUCCGGCAGCGUGCCGAUCUCGCUGGCGAGGUCGUUGGAGCCGACGAGCAGCACGUCGCAGCCCGGCAGCGCCGCGAUGUCGUCGACGGCGGCGAGCGCGUCGGCCGUCUCGAUCAUGAUGAAGACGGUCGAGCCGGCGGCGUUCAUCUCGGCCUGGACCACCGAGGUCGGGAGCGGCGCGAACUCAAAGUGCGGGAAGCCGGCGCUGAUGGAGCGGUGGCCGAGGGGUGGGUACUUGGAGACGUUGAUGGCUCGGCGGGCGUCAUCUGUCAUGAGAGAAAAGGCGAGAAGGCGAGGUUAGCCGUCUGUGUUGAGAGCGGCUUAUCACAGCCAGGAGGAUAUCGCUGUAUUGUGUGCAAAACACCUACCGACACCGUGGAUGUGGGGAAUGAUGAUGCCCAUGGCCCCGGCAUCGAGCACCCUCUGCAUGAAGCCGAGGCCGCACUCGUGCGGGACCCGGACGAAGGGGGUGAUGCCGGCCGAGUUGGCGGCGAUGCACAGCUGCCCGGCGUCUCGUAUCGUCAGCGUGGUGUGCUCGAGGUCGAUGAAGAGCGAGUCGUAGCCGGAGGCCUUUGCGAUGUGGACAAUCUCGCCGCCGGGGACGAUCUUGAUGCCGAACGCAGUACAGAUCUUGCCCUGGGCGGACAGGGCGAUGAGGUUGUUCUUGGCGAUGUGGCUUGUAGACGGAACGACGCCGUUGGCGGUUCCGUUUUGCUGGGACACGGUCAUUGUGCUGUUUAG